AUGAAGACGGCAGGAGUGGACUACGAACUCCUGGAUCUUGGACUACGUCACAGACAGACCCCACAGACCAAGGAGACGAACCUCCUCCUCAACAGAAGACCAAGGAGACGAAUCUCCUCCUCAACAGAAGACCAAGGAGACGAACCUCCUCCUCAACAGAAGACCAAGGAGACGAACCUCCUCAACAGAAGACCAAGGAGACGAACCUCCUCCUCAACAGAAGACCAAGGAGACGAAUCUCCUCCUCAACAGAAGACCAAGGAGACGAACCUCCUCCUCAACAGAAGACCAAGGAGACGAACCUCCUCCUCAACAGAAGACCAAGGAGACGAAUCUCCUCCUCAACAGAAGACCAAGGAGACGAACCUCCUCCUCAACAGAAGACCAAGGAGACGAACCUCCUCAACCGAAGACCAAGGAGACGAACCUCCUCCUCAACAGAAGACCAAGGAGAUGGUGGACUUCUGCCUCCAGUGA